GUUGUAAUCCACGCAGGCUACGGCCACUCGGACGCCGACGUUCUUCACCAGUCGCUGCUGGAAGCCAACAUCGCUACUGAGGUGUGCCUCACGGCUCUAGACACACUCUCUCUGUUUACACUGGCAUUUAAGAACCAGCUCCUGGCUGACCAUGGACAUAACCCUCUCAUGAAAAAAGUUUUUGACGUCUACCUGUGUUUUCUUCAAAAACAUCAGUCUGAAACAGCUUUAAAAAAUGUCUUCACUGCCUUAAGGUCAUUCAUUUAUAAGUUCCCCUCGACAUUCUACGAAGGGAGGGCUGACAUGUGUGCAGCUCUGUGCUACGAGAUCCUCAAGGGCUGCAACUCGAAGCUGAGCUCCAUCAGGACUGAGGCCUCCCAGCUGCUGUACUUCCUCAUGAGGAACAACUUCGACUACACUGGAAAGAAGUCCUUCGUCCGCACACAUUUGCAGGUCAUUAUUUCCGUCAGCCAGCUGAUAGCAGAUGUUGUUGGGAUCGGGGGAACCAGAUUCCAGCAGUCCCUGUCCAUCAUCAACAACUGUGCCAACAGUGACAGGCUCAUCAAGCACACUACCUUUUCCUCGGACGUGAAGGACUUGACCAAAAGGAUACGCACAGUUCUGAUGGCCACCGCCCAGAUGAAGGAGCAUGAGAAUGACCCGGAGAUGCUGGUGGACCUCCAGUACAGUCUGGCCAAGUCCUACGCCAGCACUCCCGAGCUCAGGAAGACAUGGCUGGACAGCAUGGCCAGGAUCCAUGUCAAGAAUGGGGAUCUGUCUGAGGCAGCGAUGUGUUAUGUCCAUGUCACAGCCCUGGUGGCAGAAUAUCUCACACGGAAAGAAGCAGACAUAGCCCUCCGUCCGGAGCUGCCCCUCUUCCCCUCCAGCCACAGCACCUGCCAGAGGAGGCGCCGGGGAGGCAUGUUUAGACAAGGAUGCACAGCAUUCAGGGUGAUUACCCCAAACAUAGACGAGGAGGCCUCCAUGAUGGAAGACGUCGGAAUGCAGGAUGUCCAUUUCAACGAGGUGAGCGCCUCGGCUGGCGGGGGUCUUCAGUCCUCCAUUCAGGCUGCUGUAACAAACACCAGAGACUGGACAGCUUAUAAACAACAGAAAUUUCUCAUAGUUGCAGCAGUUGGGAAGUCCGGGAUAAAGCGCCGGCAGAUUCUGUGCCUGCACCAGUCUCCCAUUUUGUUAAUUCAUUUAAAGGUCAACCCUAAGGAUCUGGAUUCCAAGUAUGCAUACAUCCAGGUGACUCAUGUGGUUCCAUUCUUUGAUGAGAAAGAAUUGCAAGAAAGGAAGACGGAGUUUGAGAGGUCCCAUAACAUUCGCCGCUUCAUGUUCGAGAUGCCCUUCACUCAGACUGGGAAGAGGCAGGGCGGCGUUGAGGAGCAGUGCAAACGGCGCACCAUACUGACAGCAAUACACUGCUUCCCUUAUGUGAAGAAGCGGAUCCCCGUCAUGUACCAGCACCACACUGACCUCAACCCCAUCGAAGUGGCCAUUGACGAGAUGAGCAAGAAGGUGGCCGAGCUCCGGCAGCUGUGCUCAUCAGCUGAAGUGGACAUGAUCAAACUGCAGCUCAAACUGCAAGGCAGCGUGAGUGUUCAGGUCAACGCAGGCCCACUAGCAUAUGCCCGAGCUUUCUUAGAUGACACAAACACAAAAAGAUACCCUGACAACAAAGUGAAGUUGCUUAAAGAAGUUUUCAGGCAAUUUGUGGAGGCUUGUGGUCAAGCCUUAGCGGUAAAUGAGCGGCUGAUCAAAGAGGACCAGUUAGAGUACCAGGAAGAAAUGAAGGCCAACUACAGGGAGAUGGCGAAAGAACUGUCUGAAAUCAUGCAUGAGCAGAUUUGCCCGCUGGAGGAGAAGACGAGCGUUUUACCGAAUUCCAUUCACAUCUUCAAUGCCAUCAGUGGGACUCCAACAAGCACCAUGGUUCACGGGAUGACCAGCUCGUCCUCAGUUGUGUGAUUUUGCCUCAUGGGCCGCCUGUGGGGACUUGUCAUUUGCAAACUCAGGAUGAUUUCCAAAGCUAAUCACUGGGCUCGUUGAAGACAUGGGGAAGACCGAGCACAAGGAGAAGUGAAGGAGAAUGGGAGAAAAAGGAAAUAAAGAAAUGUGCUAUUUCGUAGCAGAUUUUCUAGAGGAGUCAUAAGAGGGUACACAUAUUUUUUUAAAUCUUGCUGGCAAUAUUCAAAGUUUUCAUUCUGUCUUAACAGAGGUGUGUAGUGGACUCUCUUAAGCCGGAGUGAAAUUUUAUUCUUCCUUACAGAGUAGCAGUAAAGUAAAUGGCCUAGAGAAAACAAGUGUUCUGGAAUGUACAUAGCAGGGACAGUAGCACUGAAAUUGAGGCUGGAGUAAUCUCCGCCUCUAGGCUAAGCUGGAAAAUCUUGAAAAUAUUUUUUUCCUGUGGCACAUUCAGGUUGAAUACAAGAACUAUUUUUGUGACUAGUUUUUGAUGACCUAAGGGAACUGACCAUUGUAACUUUUGUACCAGUGAGCCAGGAGGUUUAGUGCUUUUAUACUCAUGUACUUGCAUUUAAAAAAAUAUGAAAGCUUAAGAAACUAUGUGAGCUUAAAACUAGUCAGGCAGUUUAGAACCAAAGGCCUCUAUUAACAAACAAAACUAUGCUAAAAAUUUAAAAGUAGUACAGUAUAUUGUUAUGUACAUAGAGUUUGUUAAUACAGUCUCCGCAUUCUGUACAUACGUGUAUUACAUUUCUACAUUUUUUAAUACUCCUCACAUCAGCUUCUGCAUUAAGUUCAGUUGUGACAAACUUGUGCCGCUCUUAGUAAUACAAUACACUUGACCUUCCUGUCUUAUCCUUGUACAUAAAAAAGUGCAAUAUGGAGAUGUACACAGUCUUUGCUAUGUUAGGUUUGUAAACUGUUUUAAAAAUUUCAUCCUUUUGCCAAAGUGGUGGAGUGUGUAAUUGGUAAAUCAUAAAUCCUGUGGUGAAUAGUGGUGUAAUUUAAAGCUUUCACCAUGUUAUAUUUUCUUUUGAGACAUUAAUUUAGUAAUUUUAUAUUUGGAAAAAAUAAAGGUUUUUAAUUUUAUUUAACUAGAAUCUCUGCCCUGCUGUAAUUAAACAUUCUGUACCCCAUCUGUAUUAAAAAUAACAUUGCUCAUUUUCUGGUAGUGAA